ACCCAGGGCACCACUUCUUCCGAAGCUACUACUAUUGGCACCUCUACUGUGGAAAGUACAACCUUGGGCACCACUUCUUCCGACGCUAUUACAGCUUUAGGUGAAACCACAAGGGCUCAAACUGACAUUAGGCACCAUUACUGUAGAGACUACAACACUUGGCACCAUUUCUGCAAAACAAAUCAACGACGCUGGUUCCACUUUUGUAGAAAGUACUUCCCUGGUUACCACUUGUGCAGUACCCUUAGUAGUACAUCUGUAGAAGCUAACAACUUGGACAAUACUUCUCCAGAAACUACACUUGGAACCACUUCUGCACCAUCAAUUAGUUCAGGAGGAACUACAGCUUUAGGUGAAAGCACAAUGGCUCAAACUGACAUUAGGCACCAUUACUGUAGAGACUACAACACUUGGCACCACUUCUGCAAAACAAAUCAACAACGCUGGUUCCACUUUUGUAGAAAGUACUUCCCUGGUUACCAAUUGUGCAGUACCCUUAGUAGUACAUCUGUAGAAGCUAACAACUUGGACAAUACUUCUCCAGAAACUACACUUGGAACCACUUCUGCACCAUCAAUUAGUUCAGGAGGAACUACAGCUUUAGGUGAAAGCACAAUGGCUCAAACUGACAUUAGGCACCAUUACUGUAGAGACUACAACACUUGGCACCACUUCUGCAAAACAAAUCAACAACGCUGGUCCCACUUUUGUAGAAAGUACUUCCCUGGUUACCACUUGUGCAGUACCCGUAGUAGUACAUCUGUAGAUGCUAACAACUUGGACAAUACUUCUCCAGAAACUACACUUGGAACCACUUCUGCACCAUUAGUUAGUUCAGGAGGAACUACAGCUUUAGGUGAAACCACAAUGGCUCAAACUGACAUUAGGCACCAUUACUGUAGAGACUACAACACUUGGCACCACUUCUGCAAAACAAAUCAACGACGCUGGUCCCACUUUUGUAGAAGGUACUUCCCUGGUUACCACUUGUGCAGUACCCUUAGUAGUACAUCUGUAGAAGCUAACAACUUGGACAAUACCUCUCCAGAAACUACACUUGAAACCACUUCUGCACCAUCAGUUAGUUUAGGAGGAACUACAGCUUUAGGUGAAACCACAAUGGCUCAAACUGACAUUAGGCACCAUUACUGUAGAGACUACAACACUUGGCACCACUUCUGCAAAACAAAUCAACGACGCUGGUCCCAGUUUUGUAGAAAGUACUUCCCUGGUUACCACUUGUGCAGUACCCUUAGUAGUACAUCUGUAGAAGCUAACAACUUGGACAAUACUUCUCCAGAAACUACACUUGGAACCACUUCUGCACCAUCAGUUAGUUUAGGAGGAACUACAGCUUUAGGUGAAACCACAAUGGCUCAAACUGAUAUUAGGCACCAUUACUGUAGAGACUACAACACUUGGCACCACUUCUGCAAAAAAAAUCAACAACGCUGGUCCCACUUUUGUAGAAAGUACUUCCCUGGUUACCAAUUGUGCAGUACCCUUAGUAGUACAUCUGUAGAAGCUAACAACUUGGACAAUACUUCUCCAGAAACUACACUUGGAACCACUUCUGCACCAUCAGUUAGUUUAGGAGGAACUACAGCUUUAGGUGAAACCACAAUGGCUCAAACUGAUAUUAGGCACCAUUACUGUAGAGACUACAACACUUGGCACCACUUCUGCAAAACAAAUCAACAACGCUGGUCCCACUUUUGUAGAAAGUACUUCCCUGGUUACCACUUGUGCAGUACCCUUGGUACUAUGUCUGUAGAAGCUACUAACUUGGAUACUACUCAAGAAACUACACUUGGAACUACUUCUGCAAUAACUGCAAUGCUUGGCAGCACUUUUACUGAAACAAUACCCUCAGUUAGUUCAAGAGGAGCUAAAGCUAUAAGUACACCUCUCUUGCUGUUGUAACCCCAAUGGCUCAAACUGCCAUUAGGCACAAUUACUGCAAAAACUACAAUACUUGGUACCACUUCUGCAAAACAAAUCAACAACGCUGGUCCCACUUUUGUAGAAAGUACUUCCCUGGAUACCACAUGUGCAGUACCCUUAGUAGUACAUCUGUAGAAGGUAGUAACGUGGAUACUGCUCAAGAAACUACACUUGGAACCACUUCUGCAGUGAUAAUGCUUGAUGGUACUUUUACUGAAGCACUCUCAGUUCUGUAGGUAUACCUGUCUUAACGACUGCAGUUGAAACCAGAAGCUCAAACUUCCAGCAGGCACCCCUACGGUUGAAACUACUAUUUGGGACCACUUCUUUUAAAAAAAACACCUCCACUUGUGCUCUAUUUGUGCUCACUAGUACCUUCUUGAAACAACACCUACGUUCAACAGGAAUAGUAUUGGGAUCAUCAACUACACACAUAACGGCAACCUUUGGAACAAUUUGCUGUAGAAACCACAAUGGCUUAGACUACCACUGCAGAUGGAAAAUUCUACCCUUGGUACCACUCCUGCAGAAAUGGCACCCUUUUUUACUUCAGUAGCAAUAGUAAUGGAAACAUUCACACCUGUAAUAACUGCUAGAAUGGUAAUCUCAGCUAUAUUCCUGACUUCAAUGUUUGCUGUGAAAAUCAGUGUCUCAAACUACUAUUUCUGCAGAAACUACAACCUGGAAAUACUCUUGGUUUAAAAUGUUGAAACCAAGAUGGCUCUGAAAACUCUAUGGAAACUUUCCCUGGGCAUGACCUGGCCAGAAACUACUGCAAUCUUGACAUUCUCUUUGAAAAAUGCACUUCUACAGUAGUGAAUCAGCUUUGCGGUUUGUGGUCGCAGUGGCCAAUAUGGAGGCUGCAGAUUUAAAGAGAUGCUGUGUGGUGUAUGAACAGAACUGUUAUUCAGUUGUGCAUGUUUAUCCAAAGAACAAGGAUACCAUUAAUUGUGCUCUUAACAAGAUGAGAAGCAGAUGAUGGACAAAGAGAUAAGGACAAGGUCUUUAUUCCCUAAAGACUGCAACUCUGCUACAGAUACUAUGCUCAUGCUUCUUAAUGUGAAUAUAAAUGUAAAAAUAUAAAUGAUGUAAGCAUCUGAAGAGGCUUUUGACAAAAUAUUUUAUUAGCUGCAACUGGAAAUGUUUUAUAGUCUGUGUAAUGUAAGUCACUAUAUUAAAUUAAUAAAAGUUUUUCACUAUGGUUAA